AUGAAAUUUUAUCGGGCGGAAACCGGAAAGCAAAUCCGAUUAAGAAAGUCUUUUGAAAGUUUAGAUGGCCUUAAGACGGAGUUAGAGCAAGUGAGUGGUGUACCAGUAUCCUCACAGAUAUUGAUGACGAACCUUGGUACACAACUCAAAGGUCAAAUGAUGAGUGAUGUGAAUAAAGCUGUUGGAAAGGAUGAUUACAUAUUUCUUUUCAACAGGGAACUUCUUGAUUCAAAUAAUGCAAAUAUCAAAGAGUCACUUGCUGAAAAACCUUUAUUUGAACCUCCUAUAACUGCUUCUACGUCAUCAAAGGUGCAAAAACGUGGCCCUUCAAGUAACAUAAAUCUGUCCGAUGAAUGUGGUGCUUAUGUCAAUUUAUUUCAAACUUAUCACUCUCAAGGGCAGUCAUUCCUCAAAGCGGCUACCAUACAUACGGAGUUUUGUGAAAAGUCAUAUCAAGAACAAAAGAUGCAACUAAUGGCAUUGAAUGCCGCCCUCACAAAUCUUGAUGCUCACAGCCGUUCUGUAAUUGAUGCCCAUGAAGUUUUUUACACAUUUGCUGAAAAAGAAAUAAUCAAACAUACAAGGCUGAUUCAAAAUUUAUCGGUCGAUAUCGAGACGCUUCGACGCAUUACCAUUCAUCCUGAGAUUUCAAAAUAUGGGGGUAUUUUAACAAGCGACAAAAAGUAUUAUACGUUAGCCGAUUAUGUAAAUGAGGACAAGCUUAUAACUUUGGCGACGGAGGAUCAAAUUGCUAAACGUGUUCAGUCGUUGGCUUCUUCUAUUCACUCUGUUCAAUCUGGUACAGAGACAUUAAAAAAGAAAAGAUUUGAUAGCUUAUUUCCUAAAAUGAAGGAAACAUUUGGUAAUGUUCAGGAUCGGCAUUAUAAGUUAAAGCAAAUUGCUGAAAAGUUGGAAAGAGAUGUCACGCGCGUGCAAAAUCAAGUAUCAAAAAUUCUCGAGUCAAAUGCCAGCGCGUUAUCUACAGUAGCAACAAAAUCCAUUGAAGCUUUUGAACACCUUGCUAGCAUCCAAUCACAAGAGUAUUUACCAGAUAUGCAAAAAUUCGAUCAAUAUAUUCGCGAGCAAGUGAUAUUCUUUGUUCAAUACAAGAAUACGAUGACUUCGACAUUGAUAUCCAAUUUACAAGAAAUAUCUCGCCUUGAAUCUUCCAUUGCUGGUAUUCCCAGUUUAUUAAGCGGAUUGGAUACUGAUGUUCGAUCUAAAGCUCAAGAUUUUAAAGAAUUAAAUCAUGUUCAUCAAAUGCCAAUAGCUUAUGCAAUGACUAUUGUUGAGAUUGUGAGAAGGAAAGAAUAUGCAAAACUUAUACUCUCAAAGGCACAACAAAUGGCUGAGAUAAUGGGUCUUUUUCGUAAUACGGAACAGAAAAGACGCGAUUAUUAUAGAACGGAAGUGAAGAAAUAUGUUCCGGUUAACAUUCCGGCAUUAGAUGAUAAUCCUCCUACGUGUGACAUAUCUACGGCCAAUAUUAAGGAAGAUAAAUUACCAUCCUUUACGAUGAGAGACGUGCAUUCUUUUUUAAAUCUUAUAGAAGAAAUUCGUCCGGCUAUCAUGUCGCAAGUUUCUUAUCAUCGCUCCUCGACCUUUACUGCUUCAUUAUCCAGGAUACGAAUACAAUCUCCUCACGAUGACCCUUUAGCAAAUUUACAUACGAUAUUAUUGAAGUUGGCUAGUCAACUGGAAGGAAUGAAUCAUGAAUUCGAUCGUGCUAUAGAGAAAAGUUUUCUCUCCGAAAAGAAUGCUAAUGAUAAAAAUAGCAGCACAAUAUCGCGUCCAAUUACAUUACUUGAGAGUCGUUCAUUAACUCCCCCAGCAUCAUCUCAACCAGGACGUCGUUCCAAACGGGCUUCGCGACAAAGUUUCUCUGAAGGUAAUUCCCCAUCAAUGGAUGCUAAUAUGGACCUUUAUGUUGAGAAAACGAAUCUAUUAAACAAGGCCGAAGAGAAAAUAAAGGCAUAUGAAGCUCGUAUCAAAAGUCUUGAGAAUACAUUAUACACUAAUUAUCAAGCAGCCAGGAAUUCAUCAAUUAUUUCCUCUACAGCUGGAUCAGAUAUUGCCUCAAUGCCUACAACUGUUGUCUCGGAAGAAAUUUCUGAUCUUCGUUCGCGUUAUCAAAAUCUAGAAUCUUCAUACACUACUGAAGUUAAUGAAAAGACGAAGCAAGAAAAAAAAGCAAAAGAAUUAGAAAUACGUUAUAAGAAUUUAGAGUCAUCUUAUAAUAUAGCCACUAAUGACAGAGAGACAUUACUUAAACAAAUUAAUGAACUCGAAACACGUUGUCAAAAAUAUGAAACAUCAUACACCAAAGUCACGAAAGAAAGAGAGGCGGCUGAAGAGCGCGCUUCAGAUCUUGAAACGCGUUAUCAAAAUAUGGAAACUUCCUAUGUGGAUGCUAUUAAAAUAAAGGGUUCAUUGGAGAAAAAAGUUGAUGAGCUUCAAAAGCAAUCGGAAACACUUGAAAGUUCACAUGCUCUUGUAUUGAAAGAGAAAGAAAAUGAGUUGUUGGAUUUGCAAGUCAAGUUUAAGAAAUUACAAGUUUCUCAUGAUUCAUCAACGGUACGAUGUAAUGAAUUAAUAGCAAAAGUUGCUGAAUUAGAGAAGUCUAAUAAAGAACCUGAUAAUCUUCAUACUGAACAAAUAGAAAAAUAUGAGGUACUUGUUAAAGAUUUGGAACAAAACUAUCAAGAUUUAAAAGCAAAAUAUAAUAAACUUAAUGAUGAAUAUGAGAAAAAAUUAGAUGCUGAUAGAAAAUGUGAGAAGUUAGAAAAGCAAAUGGAUAAAUUAAUUGAGGAAAAGGAAUUUAUCGUAAAAAACAAAAAUGCAUUAGAUGCAGAAAAAUCAAUUAUAGAAAUGAAGUUUAAUGACAUUAAUGCAGAGAAAAAUGGACUAGAAACUCGAUUAGAAGAAUAUAAACAAAAGUAUGAACAAGACCGAUUAUCAUUGAAUAAGAGAAUUGAAGAAUUAGAAGCUCAGCAUCUGAUGCAGGAGCAGAUUGAAGCUGUGAAAGAACGGUGGAGAAAAAAGAUUGAAGAACUUCAAAAGGAAAAGGAUAACGUAACUCAAACAUACGAAAUAAACAAGCAAGAGCUGCUUCAUGAAAUUGAGAGUUGGAAAGCUAGCCUUGACAAAAUGAAUUUACGACGUGAAGAAGCUGAUAGCUUGCUUGCAAAGUCGCGCGAAAGAGGCAAACAGCUUGAGCGGGAAAAUGCUGAAACUAAGAAGGCUCAUGAACAGAAUGAAAAGUUAAUCAGGAAUAUUACCGAAACCAUUCUGAAUUAUAUGGAUGUCGCAAGUGCUUAUGAUGUUUCUGAACAGACCAAGUCGGGAACAAAUUUGAAUCCUAUUUAUAUGAUACAAAAAGUUGGAAAUGUUGCGAAUUCUAUGGCCCAGGAAUUAUGUGAUACAAAACAGUCUCUUGAAACUUCUAAAGCUAAUCACGCUGCCCUGGAAGAAAUGUUGGAGGAACGUACUGAAGUUUCUCGUUUAUUAAGCAAAUACCUUUGGGAGUAUUAUAAUAAUAUUCGAACAUUGAUGAGCGCGAUGGAAUUUUCUUUACCUGUGAACAAUGAAAAUGGGUCGAGUUUAUCGUCAACUGAGAAAGAAAAAGGAAAUCUUAAAUCGUCUGAAUCACGUUUAUCGGAUAGCUAUUUUGCUGAAGACUUGGGAAAGUUUUUCUCAAAUUAUUCUGAACAAGUGGCAUGGCCGAAGGAUAAAUAUGAGACACUCCUUAAUCUUUCAACAAAAGUGGAUCUUAAUGAGGUUCGUCAUAUAAUUAGACGAACACCUAAGGAUGCAGAGGAUCUUGUAAAGAAAUAUAAAAAAGAAAGUAAAUCGAAUAGAGAAAAGUAUAUUAAAGCUAGUCAGGAAUCGAAAGAGAAAAUUUCUUUUCGAAAUUUCAAGAAUGGCGACAUUGCACUAUUUUUGCCUACACGAAAUUCAACAGCCAAACCUUGGGCUGCUUUUAACAUUAAUUGUCCUUAUUACUUUUUGCGCGCUACCGAAACAAUAAAUGGUCAAAUUCGUAAUAAAGAUUGGAUCGUCGCGCGAAUCAUUGAAAUUACUGAACAUAGAGUUGAUGUAAAGAAACCGGGCACAAAUCCAUUUGAAUUACCGGACGGUGUUAAGUAUUAUGUGUUAGAUGUUGAAGAUUGGCAGAAUAACAAUAGUUCAACAUCUAGCCAUCACUCAAGAAAACGUACAGGAUCUGAAUCUUCAACAAAAUCCUCUCGUAUCAUGAGUGCUUCUCUUUCUAACUUACCUUCAACGAGGGAUACAGUUGAUGACAACGACACAAAUUCAAGCAUGUCAUCAUCCACAGCAAAUUUACGAAAUCGGGUGCAAAGUUUACCACCACCUGCUCAUACUUAUUCAUCACCUUCAACACUUUCCGAUACAACUAAUACAACUAAUACAUCGAAUCGUCCAAUGUCAUCCUAUUUACCGCCGUUAUCAUACUUCUAUACUUCUAACUCAUUGGAUGGAUCUGGAUCAAAAGACGACAACAAUUGA